AUUUACAAUUGCAUCGGCGGCCCAUCUUGCCUCUCGAUUCCCAAACCAACACAACCCAGGCGCUCUCUUUGCUGGGCGGCGCUUCCAUGGAAGACAUGGCGGCCGCUUACUACCACGCGCCCCCCGCACCUCACUACCCCUGCUACCCUCCUCCACCGCCGGCCCCCACCUCCGGAGCGCCGCCGCCGCCGCCGCCACAGCAGCAGCAUCAUCCGCCGCCGCCUCUUCACCUGGCGUCUCCAUAUCCCCAUCUCCAGCAGCAGCCCCCUCCUUACGGCGUUCCCUGCUCCCUCCCCCCUCAGCAGCCCUCUCGGGACGAGGUCCGGACCCUCUUCAUCGCUGGACUCCCCGACGACGUGAAACCCCGGGAGAUCUAUAACCUCUUCCGGGAGUUCUCCGGCUACCAAUCCUGCCAGCUCCGAUGCACCGGCCAAUCAUCCCAGGCAUAUGCAUUUGCUGUUUUCAGUGAUCAACAAUCUGCACUUGCUGCAAUGCAUGCCCUGAACGGAAUGAUGUUUGAUCUUGAGAAGGAAUGUGCUCUGUACAUUGAUCUUGCAAAGUCAAACUCUAGGACAAAACGCUCAAGACAAGAUGACAGUGUGCCCUGUUCUUCUGAUAAACGAGUUAGAGGAUCUGUUGGAUAUUCAAGAGGCUUUCCAGAUUCUGGUGUCGGAAGCAAUAUUCACAUGCCUGGGAUGGGUAAUUCUGCUUACAGCUUGAAUGGUUAUCCUUCUACACAAAGUCACACAACCUAUGAUUAUGAUCCUGUGAAUGACACAGACCCCAAGAAGAUGGUGAGCUUUGCCUUUUUGAAUAAUUCUUCAACUUAUGUUCCUCAAAAUAAUCCCCCUUGUCCAACACUUUUUGUGGCAAAUCUGGGUCCAACUUGUUCGGAACAAGAGUUAACCCAAGUAUUUUCAAGAUGCCCAGGCUUCUUAAAACUGAAGAUGCAAAAUAAGAAUGGAGUACCUGUUGCAUUUGUUGACUUUCAGGAUGUUAACUGUUCAACUGGAGCCCUCAAUCAUCUGCAGGGAACUCUCUUAUAUUCAUCAGUUGGGGAGGGCAUGCGUUUGGAGUACGCCAAGUCACGCAUGGGUCUCCCUAAACGUGAGAUGAGAACAUAAAAUUAGCUGGAACUAGGAGAGGCAGUUCAAGUUCGUUGUGUUUAUACUGUUUUGGUCCUGGGUGGGCGUCUGGUCCCCCAUUGGAUUGUUGCGUUGUGAGCUUAUAUGCUUGAUUAGUCUUAUCUGUCUGCUGAGGGGUAACUCUGCUCACCUGCCAUCUUGUAAUUUUAUGACACUCAGGCUUAAAACAGUUCAAUCUAGUCCACUUUCGUCAGUGCUGACAUACUGCUCAUAAUUUUAUGUAAAUGUUCCUAUAGCGUGUAAACAUAUCAACCAGCAAGCUCUACCUUCUCUGCUUUCCUUGAUCUGCUAUUUGUUCUCGUUAAUCUUUAAAUUGUAUGGGUCACGUCUA